GGCAGGCGCUGUGACAAGCUGCAAUACAACAAUUCUCGAUUUAAUUGAGAGCUCUGGAAAUGAGCUUAUGAGCUGACAUCUUGACGUGGUGGUGGGCAAGAAUACAAUGAUGAAGAAAAGGCUCUCCUCCAGUGACAGUGUGUUCAAGUUCGAGAUUCCCAGCAACCCGAGGUCCAGUGCGGAGGCCCCACACAGCUCCACUGACAGCCCCAGCUCCGUUUUCCUCAGCUCAGAGGCUGAGAAUGGUGUGGAGGACAGAAAGAGGAGCAGCAAGUCGUCAACAGCCCAAUCCCCUACCUCAUCUUUGGAGGCCGAGUCCCCGGACCAGAAGAGAAGCAUUGGCCUGUGGUCAAAAUCCAGUUUUGAUGGUUCCAAUUUGUUGAGUGAUAAGAAUGAGUGUAAAGCUGAAAGCAAGACUGACCCUAAGACUGAAAGAAAAAAGUCUUCAUCUUCCAGCCAGUACAAAGCGAACAUGCACUUUCAUAAGUUAUUCCUUGAUGUCCCAACUGAAGAGCCACUGAGGCAAAGCUUUACUUGUGCUCUCCAGAAAGAAAUCCUGUACCAGGGGAAGCUCUUUGUGUCAGAAAACUGGAUUUGUUUUCAUUCCAAAGUCUUUGGAAAAGACACUAAGAUCUCCAUCCCAGCUUUCUCAGUGACCCUGAUCAAGAAAACCAAAACCGCCCUUCUGGUGCCAAACGCCCUGAUCAUAGCGACAGUCACAGACAGGUAUAUAUUCGUCUCCUUACUCUCCAGAGAUUCAACAUACAAACUGCUAAAAUCUGUGUGCGGACACUUAGAGAACUCAAGUGUCGGUAACAGUCCCAACCCAUCUUCUGCCAAAAACAGUUUCCGGACCGAUCACCCUUCGUCUCUGCCUCUGGAUUUCAAUGAUGAAUUCUCAGACCUGGACGGAGUGGUUCAACACCGAAGGCAAGACAUGGAAGGAUACAGCAGCUCAGGCUCUCAGACGCCAGAAUCUGAGAACUCCCGAGACUUCCAUGUGACCGAAUCUCAAACAGUUCUGAAUGUUACCAAGGGAGAAACAAAGCCACCUCGGACAGAUGCUCACGGGAACAGAGUGCCUGAUGGAAAAGCCAAGAGCCUGCCUGCUCAUGGUCAAUCAGAAACUAAUGGGAUUCUGCAUAAAGUCAAGUCUCAGAAAUGCCCAACUCUCCGCCAUAUUCUUAUAUUCUAUGCAGUCAUUGUCUGUGCACUGAUCAUCUCAACCUGCUACAUGAGAUACAGAAUUAACACUUUGGAGGAGCGGCUGGGGUCCCUGACGUCCAUCAUGGAUCCCCACAGUGCUGAGCAGACACCCCCAUCACGCCUGGGAUCGCAAGUACAGUUGAAUGUGGAAGCCCUCUGCCAAGAGCUUACAGCUAACAUAGUGAAAUUAGAAAAGAUACAAAACAACUUACAAAAGCUGCUCGAGAAUGGUGACUGAGAGACCAGCUGCUGGGGCCAACCUAAUACCUCACGGUUUCCCUCGAAGAAGGUGCUUCCCGACAGUCUGCCGUGCGCCCCCUGCUGGCCAGAGGCGCAAGAGACUGAGAAUCCAGAUGUGUGUGCUCGGAGGUCUCUGGUUCAGUAAUGGGGGAAGGAGGGGAAUAAUCUUGCUUUCGUGCAAUAAAGGUUGACCUUGUCUCUGCUGCUGCCUGAAGAAAAUAGACCUGUCUCGGGAGGUGAGCAAGGUCCCGGAGGACCCCUGUAGCGCUGGGGUUAUGGUAAUGGUUUAGUAAUACAGCAAGCACUCCAUGCUCUUCAACUCUCCCAGCCGCCCCUUCACUCCCUUCACCCGCCCCAACCAACCUUCACACCUAAGGGGGUACACGGUAUACCAACAAACUCAAUAUGGUCCUCUAAGGAAUUAGCCAGGAGCCACCAACAAGGCGGUGAAUGUCUCCAAAUGGGCAGGUUUGCUUCAAACACCUGCGUUUUUGUCCAGUGUUUCUCCGGCUCACCCUGCCAAGCCCCGCCCCACCCUAUUCCACCCUACCCACCCCCACCCCCUGACGCCGCUGCCAUUGCCUUUUUGCCUUAUAUUCUGUUUUCUUUCAUCUACCCGUUUUAGUUUUUCAACUCAAUUUUGUAAGCGUAUCUGGUAAAGGGAAUUAAAAGCCCCAUCUUUGUUGUGCUGCCUUGUUCCCAUGUCUAGUCCUUAACUGGAGUGAUUUCUCCCCCCACCCCCACCCCCGCCUUUGAUCAGGAAUCUUUGAGGUGUGUGACUGAAAUACUAAAGUAGAUUCACUCUGAAACCAAAACUAAUCUUUAAGCCAAAAGUUGUCGCAGUAAUUUAAUGUGCAUUGGAAAGCACCGUUUCUAAGAUUGUAAAUGGACUAUGGUAGCAGCUUUGAAACAGGGUGUCUGUUGGACUCUCAAACCCAUUUCAGCGUGGUAAUUGAUGCUUUCUCCUACCAUAAAGCAAUAAGUGGUGGUUUGCUAACCUUACUUACAGGAUGGAUAGGCUGGUUUUUAUUAAUAAUUAUUUAGGGUGCCGUAAGAUCUGUAAGUGUAAAACAUUCUAUCUGCAAUGCAUUUUAUAAUCAUUUCUAUGAAAUGUAUUUUGUUUAAUCGGAUAAGCUAAUAAGUGGAUUGGUUAUGUCCUUCGUAUUUGUCAGCCUGCUGGGUAGCUGUGCCUGGUGCACUGGCUUUUAAUAAAUAACUCAUUGCCUAAAA